GCUCGAAGACAGCGGCGCGAGCCUGCGCGCGACCCGCGCGGCCCGCCGCGCGCGCGCGCGCCCGCGAGAAGCCGCGCCCAGCACUCCUCCGGGCGGGGGACCAGCGGCGCGGCCGAGUGAGGAGCGCGCGGCAGGGCAUGUGCUUCCCGCCCUUCUGCCAGCCGGCGAAGCACUUCCUCGGCUGCUGGGGCCUCCGGCAGGGCGCCAUCGCCGUGAUCGUGUUGGACGCCCUCUACGGCGUCGCGCUGCUGGUCACCAACUCGGCGGUCCUGGCGCAGGUUGAGGACAGGCCACCGCGCCAGGCCGCCGAGGAGCGGCGCCUGCGGGCCGUGCCCACGGUGCCCCCCGAGGCGUGGGUGCACCUGCCGCCGCCGGCGGCGGCGCGCAACGCGACGGGCGCACCCCGCGGGCCUCUGCGGCGGCUCGUCUGGGUCGUCUGCGGCGGAUCGCGCGGCUCUGCGGAGGCUCUCCAGGCCGACGGGAGGCGCGCCCGAGCCCGGGGCGCCGAGCCCGGGUGGCGGGGCGCGCAGCAUGGGCGGCGGCCCGCCGGGGGCCAGCCCGCUGCUGGGGGCCGCCGCGGAGCAGGCGGGCGGUGCGCAGGCAAAGACCGCCGAGCUGGAGGCGCUGGAGGGCGAGCUCCACGAGGAACGCGAGGUCGCGUCGGAGACCAAGAAGGAACGCCUGGUGCCCUCCGCAUCCGACACCCAGCCGCACGAGACGUGGCAUCUGCAGCUGGUAGACUUCGAGAUUGGGUGGGGUCAUCGAUUACUCGGCUUCAGCGACCACGUCAAUCUCGUAAGCGGGCUGAUCUAUGGCGGCAUCAUCAUAUCUGUGUGCGCCGUCAUGCUUUUCUGUUUGGGGCUGAAGGCCUCGAGCGAGGAAACAGGCGGCACUUUUCCACACGCGGCGCGGUGGUUCGUCUUCUUCUUGAAUUUGCAGUUGUUUUUGUACGUCAUGCUUGUAUUCACUAAGAUGCCCAAGCUCUGCUACAUCCAGAAGUACUACUACCCACAGCUAGACUACAACUGUACGCUUCUCAGAUAUUUGCAAGUGGAGCAUGCCCUGAUGGUGAUCGGCAUAUUCUCGUUUGCCAUAUGGACGUUUUCUAGCUACGCGUACGUGCUCACUUUCGGGGACAGCUCCAAGGCAGACAAGCCUGAUUUCACGCAUCAGCUCGAGACGAUGCUCAACAUGGAUGACAUCCACGCUGCUGAGCACAGGAUGGGCUUGGAGACGUACUCGCGCGACGCAGAGCGCCGCCUCUUCUCCGGCCUCGCGGGCACGGAGCGGUACCUGCGCGCCGGGCUGCCGGCGGGCGGCGCGGCCGCGCUGCCGCUGUCGCAGGCCUCCACCGCGCCGGGCCUCGGCGCCGCGUACCGGCCCGCGGGCAGCGCCCCCGCGCCGAGCGCAGGCAGCAGGCCGAGCGCCGCCGCGCGGCCCGCCAGCGUGCACCCGGCCGCGCGGUGACGGGCGCCGGGGCGAGCAUGCUAUCAAGCGGGCUCCGUGCGCACCCCGGCCUCGCCAUGAGAAAAGGGUGGCGACGCGUCUGGCCAGCAGAAUGAGCGCGUGCACGACCUGCAAGCCCGCUGCGGGCCGGGGGGGCACGAGCUGCCCCCCCCGGCGCGCCUCCGAUAGGAGGCCGCCGCGCCCCUGGCGAAGAAAAACGCACGCGCAGCCCCCGCGCGCCCCCAAUAGGAUCGGGGGCCGCCGCGCCCCUGGCGAAGAAGAGCGCACGCG